AUGGACGAGUCUAUAUACACAGAUCCUGAGCUGCAGAUUCUGACAGAAAGGUGUCGGACUUACCAAGGAACAGCCAAGGUUAACAUCAGCCAGAUUACCCCCCACCCAUCCAUCUCGCAACAUAUGAACACAAAAAAUGUGGAAAGACUCUGUGAGGUAUUUGACAAAGAAGGUUGUCGAAGACUCGAUAUAUACAACCACGUGAGCGCUGUUGUGUCAAGAGAGCAUCUCCAUGAGGCUCUUCAAGCAGGGCGAGUAAACGCCGCUGACAUGAUGACUGAUCAACCGAGCCGCUACCCACACCUCCAUUUCUCCACUGGUUCCAUACAGUGCCUUCAUGGUCAACAUCGAUUAAAGGCCGGAGAACACUAUUUACCAUCGAUCGACCAAUGGUGGACUGUUGACUUGUAUUUGGAUGACAUUAGUCCCGAUCUUCAAACAAGCCUUGUCGAUGAAUAUUCCAACGAGAGAGUUCCAAGCGAUGGUGAGAUUUACCUGAAAGUUCGGCAAUAUCGAUAUGAAGCAAAUUCACACUUCGAAAAUCGAUGGUUGGCGCGGCUGUCAGACAACAAAGCCAGGCGGCUUCGCGGACUUGAGUCUCAUCCGAGCGUCCGAGCUGCUUUUGACUCGUUACUCGGCUUGCCCUCCUUGAUGAUACAUGGAAUGCAAAUCGGAUCUCUUCCGCAGGCUCUAGCUAUUUGCUGCGAUGAGGAGAUAGUUCACGCGCUGACUAGGCUACGGCAAUACUGGUCUUCACUCGUGGGACACGAUCGUGCUAAGAUGCUCAAAGUUGACCCUCAUACGGUGGAAACAUUGCAACUCCUGGCACCUGGAGUCUCCUCGAAGGAUAGAACCACCGUGAAAGGUCUUGUAUACAGUGGCGAAGUCUUUUCAAACUUCACAGAAUCCGAGCGGACCUCAAUUUGGAAGCGAUUGAAGAGGACAGAGGGCAUAAUUCCAUCUCUGUAUACGUUUUUCAAAGAUCUCUGGUACCUAGAAUCAUGUGCGAACUGCCUCAAACGGCUUAUCAUACCUUCCAGAUCAUUCCCCACGAUUAGAGGCGCCACGCGUGCGGCCUUCUUGUCUUUUGAUCCCACCCAUACGCAGUUCUUGAUACAAACAUCUGAAGCUGGGUUUCGAUCUUACUCGCGCUCCCAGGGGGACCCAGCGGAACUUGGAUAUCGACAACUAUGGCUCUAUGCUAUGCGUCACUACCCGAAGUUAUCCAAAAAGCCUCAGAAGAAAAAUCCUACGGCGAAGCCUAAUUGUGAGGUGGUGGAGCCUAUGAUACUGUAUGAGAUGGCUGUACUCGCAAAGAGACUUGGGUUUCAGUCGCCACAAAUUGAGCAGCUCAUCCAGCAGUCGCCAGAUCGGCAAAUUGCGAAAGAUGCUCUUUUGAGAGCCCGUCGACCAGAUCGUUAUCGGUACAAUAGGGAAGAAAUUGAAUCUCUGAUCAACAAAGUCACCGAGUGCUUCUUGAGGGCCGUCCUUCUUGACCAUAAGCUUCCAGUACAAUUCGUUGGUGGAAGGGAAUCCAAGAAAGAAUCUCGAUGUGGACAUCCGCAAACCGAAGCCCAACUGCAAGAUUGUCAGUUCCUUUUCAUCGACCAACUCCAUGGUGAUUCCCUCCAAAGGGAACGAAAAGCUACUUCCACUUUGGUGAGGAGGAGUGUCUACUUUACCUUCUUCAGCAAGCUGUCAAUGCCCCGUGAAAAUAACGACACAGCGGGUAGAUCUCCAACUCCAGACUUGCCAAUGUCCCCGCUUUUUAUUCCGAGCAAUCGUUCGCCGCAAGAUGAAGGAGGACGGGUUGGGUCUGCGGGUACAGGAGCCGGCCAGGAUAGCAACUUAGAGCGGCAACGCUUGAAAGAUGCACGCCGAGGGAGACGUCAGCAGAAGCAAGCGAAGAAGCUACAGAAGCAACAACAACGACAGCAGCGAAGACACCGAUCCUCACGUGCCGACCGUCAUUAUGGCAAGGAAAUCGCGCGCAUUGAUUCGGAAGGCAGCCGGAUAGGAGAGGUAGUGGAGCCAGCAUCCGAGACAGAAUUUGGAUUCGUUGGAAGUAGGGGUAUAAUAAGUCAAAAUGAGCAGGGUAUUCUUCACAUGGAACCGGCCGAAGCCGAUGAACUGGAGCACGGCGAGAUUAUUGAGGGGGAUCAUGAUUUCAGCGACGAUGAAGCAUCAGAAGAUAGUCACGCUGGAUUUGGGUUCGUUCCCUCGAGACCUCCCUCGCCUUCUGUGGGGUCAAGGUAUACCUCCACGGAACUACAAGUAUCAACGGUCUCGCACGACCAACUAUCCUUGAUGCAACCACCACAGUCACCGGGAGAGUUUCGUUUGACAUCUAUGGCCUCUUUACCACCACACCCAGAUAUGGAUUCGCAUGAGAGGCAACAACACCUCCUCGCCGCUGGAUUUGAAGAUCACGGCUCUAUGGCACCAACGGGCAAGGAAAACAAAAUCCUCCGCCUUGCUGAUGCCGAGGACGAGCAGCCGCGGGGAGGGGGUGAGGAAAACAUAGCUGGGGGAGAAUCUUCGAUAGAUGUCAAUAUGGAAGAGCACGCAGGCGAACAAGAGAAUGAAGCGGCAGAAACAGCAGCGCAGCUUUCUUCAUCGGAAGAAAUCGAAAAAGCACUGGCAAUUUUAGAGGGACGUGAGGCAUCGGAGAUAACAUCGGGCCCCUCUAGGACUGUGGGCACCAAAAGUGUGGCGCUGCGAGAGAGCGCUAAAUUCAAACCAUACGACCGUACGCAACGGCGCCAACAAACCCGCAAGUUAUCCAUUCCGCCACAGGAAACUCUGGAGCAGGAUAUAAACGCACUGUUACGAACGGCUGAUCAGGAACAGACAGCAAGACCUGGUACUCAAAUUGAUUUCCUCGAAGCACAGCAUCAUCCUUUGUUGGAGAUGAAUGAAGAGCAGAGUCCAUGGCCCGUGGCUAGUCAAGUUGGCCUGACUCAGGACCAGCAACAGGCACCGGAAGAAAGAUCAGGCUUGGUCGAGUUCGAACCGCAGCCAGAAAUUUCGAGCUUGAUCGAUCAGAACUCAGAACACCAUGGAAUAAGAAAUAUCCGAUCGGAACAGGAAGAACGGUUGCCUGAGUCUGUUCCGCUGGACGCUUCGCCGCAGGUUCAUGUUAUAGCCGAUGCUAAGCAGAAGGACACUCUGGUAGAGCGCCCCUCGUCGUCACUACAACGAGAGUAUCCCGCGCAGACCGAUACGCGCACACAAAAAGAAAUAGCUGGGUCAGACAAGUUGCCAGAGGAACAAGACGAGUCUCGUGAGCGAGGAGAAGGAGCGAGCGAUGCAGCCAAGCAUUCUGCAGUGACAAUCAUGUUCCGUGCACGUGAUGAACACGGCGACUGGAAUCGCUUGGUCCACCAAAUGGUGGUUGAUCCAUCUGACCCCUCUCCUGUUGGGCGAAUGGCGUCCAAAAACGCGCGAGAACGUCAGGCAACGUUUUAUGACCAGAAUUUACGGCAGGUCCCACCGGGGCAGUGCUUUGAUGCGGCGAUUGAGGAUGGCACGAACACGAUAUUCAUGACAUUCGGCGACGAUCUGGUUGUGAGUGAAGAGGCGGUGAAUUCGAUCGCACGAGUAAUUGAACCCGGUAGUGAUGAUGAUCUGCCGACAAAACGCCGGCAGUAG